UACUCGACGCCGACCGCGGUUGUCGCACACAUCAUCGACGACACAGUACCGACCGUUCCGUCUCGCUCGCACCACGUCCGUUUAAAAGCGUUAUAUUAUUUUUUUACAUAUAUACAUACAUACACACUUUAAUUGUACAUCACGUACACACUCGUAUAUAUAGGUAUAUAAAUUAUUUAUCGGUUAACCAGCCGACGGGUUCGCCGCCGCCGCCGCCGUCAUCGUUCGAGUCGCAACCGCUCACUGUUAUUUUGGGGACGGCAUGAGUUCCGUUGCCCGGCCGCGUCGCCAACACGUUACUCACCGCCGGCCGCUCUAACAGACAGUCGGUCCGCGCCGCCGCCGCCGUCCGAAACAACAACACCCGCACAACCCGAGACCGUUUGGGCGCCCCAAGUGCAGUUUAUUAUUUUUUUUUUUGUAUAUUCGACAGCAGCCGCGAAAAGGAAAGCAGCCGAAAAGGAAAUCUAAUCUAAAAAAAAAAUUUUAACAAAAAUCGCUGUAGAUAUUGAAAAAAAAUUCACCCUCCCCCCUCCGCCACCGCCCUCCGAGUGCGACUGGUUUUAUUUAAUUUUUUUUUAUAAAAUUUCUAUUUUUUUAUUUAUUUAAUUCUUCGCGAAAAUCGUUCAAUUUAGUUUUCGUUUUUUUUUUAAAUUCAACUCUUUUUUUUUAAACGUUUUUAAAAAUAUAAUCAUAAAUUAUUAUUAUAACAAUAAUAAUAACAAAAUUUGCUGUGCGAGACUAUCUACACACCGAUAACCGACACGGCUGGUUUUUCGGUUCGAUCUUGACAACGCACUUGGAUUAACCUUUGAGUGAUGUGGAAAGACUUGAAGAAGCUAAAACUUCUACUAUGGAAGAACCUUUUGAUCCAGCGGAGACACCCCAUCCAAUCGACCAUCGAAGUGCUUUUGCCGGCCAUCAUGGCGUGCAUACUUGUCAUGAUCAGGUCGUGGGUGCAGCCAGUGGAAUUCGACCACAUUACCAAAUACCCUUCGUUUCCGAUAACCGUGCCGCCAAUGAUUGUAGGAUACACGCCGGGAUGGACCUUAGCGUGGAGUCCGUAUCACCCGAAGUUAGAUGAAAUAAUGAAAACUGCGUUUGCGACACCGAAUUUGUUUCUUAAAAGUUUCAAACACGUUAACUUAAUGGAAAAAGAUUUGAACAAAGACGAGGCGAUGAAGAAUUACCUGGCCGGAGUCCGGUUCGAUAACGUUUGGCCUAACGCUACCGAGUUGCCGAAAAAAAUAUCCAUGAAAAUCAGGUUUCCCUGUCACUUGAGAGUAACGAAAAAGAGCAUGAUGAGCUUCGACACGAUCGAAGCCAACUGGAGGACUUAUUUGAUAUUUCCUCUGUACCAAACGUUCGGUCCGAGACACAAAGAAGAAUUGAACGGCGGCGAACCGGGUUACACGUCCGAGUCGUUUUUGUACUUGCAAAGUCAGAUCUCCCGGACGAUCGUCAACUACUGGGCCCCGAAUCGGACGAUUCCCGAAAUCGAGAUGCAAAGGUUCCCGUACCCGAAGUACAUCGAAGACCCUCUCCUUCCGGCUCUUACCUCGUUCGUUUCCACAGUGGUACUGCUCAGCUACGUGUACACGGCCAUCAACACCAUCAAAGUGAUAGCGGCGGAAAAAGAAUCCAAGAUGAAGGAAGCAAUGAUGCUGAUGGGAUUGGAUAAUUGGCUGCACGCAAUGGCUUGGUAUUUGAAGAGUUUCGUCGUUUGGAUUAUACCUCUUCUCAUACUGGUGUUCUUUAUCACGUUCGAAUGGCCUACGGGUGCGGUAUUCCAGUAUUCGGAUCCGGUGGUGCUCAUGGCCAUCAUGACGCUUUACGUUACCUCCGGUAUAUCGUAUUGUUUCUUGAUAGCCACGCUUUUCAAAAAAGCCAACACCGCGGCCACUGUCGGAGGAGUCCUGUGGUUCGGCACGUACGCACCGUUCAUGAUCUUCCAACCGAAAUAUUCGUCGAUGACCAACAGGGAAAUUUUGACCUCCACCCUGUUGCCGAACACCGCGCUGGGUUACAUAUUCCAGAGUCUGAUCAUGUUCGAAGGGAUCGGCAAAGGACUGACCUGGAACAACAUCACGGUGACCGUGUCGCCCGACGACAAAAUGUGCAUAGCCGACAUCAUGUACAUGCUGGCUUUCGACUCGGUACUGUAUCUGGUCAUAGCCGUGUACCUGGAAACGGCUUUCCCGAAAAACUGCGGGUUCCGCCCACCGUGGUAUUUCCCGAUAAUGUCGUCGUUUUGGUUCGGACAAAAGGAAACGAUGAGCAAAGAAAUCACCGAAAAGUCCGGCAUACAAAUCCAAUCGCUGACCAAGUAUUUUUUCUACGACAAACCCGUGGUCAACAACCUGACGGUGGACAUGUACCCGAAUCAGAUUACCGUGCUGUUGGGACACAACGGCGCCGGCAAGUCGACGACCAUGUCCAUGUUGAGCGGUUUGAUAAGGCCGUCCUCGGGUUCGGCAUUAAUCGAAGGAUACGAUAUCAACACACAGAUGAAGACCAUACGCAACUCGUUGGGACUCUGCCCGCAGUACAAUAUACUCAUUCCUGACUUGACCGUCAAGGAACAUUUGAAAUUCUUCGGAGUGUUGAAAGGCUUGAGUAACGGAGCGCUAAGCGAUGAGAUUGAAAAGUAUGUAGUGAAAUUCGAAUUGGAAUCCAUGCUAAACACAAAAUCCAAGCACCUCAGCGGGGGAAUGAAAAGAAAACUAUCCGUGGCCAUCGCUCUGAUCGGCAAGUCCAAAGUGGUAUUGAUGGACGAACCGACUUCGGGCAUGGACCCUGCAGCAAGACGAACUUUGUGGAACAUUUUACAAUCGGAACGCGAAGGUAGGACGAUGGUAAUGACCACUCACUUGAUGGAUGAAGCCGACUUGUUGGGCGACCGAGUGGCCAUAAUGAAAGCCGGCACGCUUUGUUGCGUUGGAACGCCGUUCUCGUUGAAAAAAGAAUACGGUGGCGGUUACACGUUAACGUUGGUAAAAGAUACGUUAAAAUUUAACGUAUCCAAAUCGACCAAUUUCAUUCGAAAAUACUACCCGCAUUCCGUGCCCAGCAAUAUAACAAUAAUGGAGGUCACGUACAAGCUGGACGAUUCGUCUUUGUUUCCGGAACUUUUAAACUCUCUGGAACAAAACAAGGCGUCUUUGGGAAUCAAGGAAUACGGUAUCUCGUUGACUACGUUACAGGAUGUUUUCAUGAAGGUCGGACAAGACGAUAACAAAAAGCUGGCGGAUUAUCAGAUAAAUUCGUUGAAGCAGAAAUCCAUUGAUUCGAAAAGUCGGUUCGAAAGUUUUUUCUUUGAUUCGGGAAGUGACGUUUCGGACAUGAAAUCAGAAAGAGCCACCGGGUGGAAGUUGUUUAUCAUACAAAUUGGAGCGAUCAUGGAGAAGAAAUGUUUGCAGUCCUAUCGUUCUUUGGUUUUGCAUACGCUUCAAAUAGCUUUGACUAUAUUUUUCAUAUGUCUCGCGUUAUUGGUCGUCAACUCCUGGCAAGGCAUGAAAGAUCUUCCGGCGAUGGUCAUGGAUUUUAAGACAUAUUGGGACCCAAUCAGUACCGUCAUGUUAGCUAGCCACAACGAGCUGGCCGUGAGCGUUUAUGAAUCGUACAAGAACGCUUGUGCGCCCAACCCCGUUCUCGAUUUGAACUUCCACAAAAACUACGAUUUCUUCGAGAACUUCUUGCUGAAAGUGGCUUCGAAAAACAUAGCGCCGUUCACGCAAAAGUACAUCAUCGGAGCCGUUUUCGACGACAACAAAAUCACAGCGCACUUCAACAACCAACCUUACCACGGACCUCCGUUGUCGCUGAACAUGGUCUACAACGCCUUACUCAGAUCUUUCAUGGGCGAAAGUUACGGAAUAGAAGUCAUCAAUCAUCCUCUACCGUACCAGGGGGUAGACAAGCUGUUGAAAUUGUCCGGUGGCAGCAAUCUGGGUUACCAAGUGGCGUUCAACUGUGGCAUUUCACAGGCAUUUGUGUGCGCCGUUUACGCGCUAUUUGCAGUCAAGGAACGGCAAACCGGUGCCAAACACAUGCAACAAAUCGCCGGGAUCAAACCGUUGGCCUAUUGGGGAGCGUCUUUGCUGUGGGACUGGAUCAGCUACUUGACGAUCAUAUUCUCGAUCAUUUCACUUCUUUUCUUCUACGGCGAUCCGGGCUAUUCCAGCUCGAAACAAAUGGGAUUAUUGUUAACUCUGUUGGUGGCUUUUUCGUGGGCGACGUUGCCGCUAAUGGGUUUGUUUUCGUAUAUGUUCACCAACCCGUCGACGAGUUUCAUUCGAAUGUCCGUGUUCAGCGUCAUCACCGGCGCCAUGGUGUUCAUGUUAGUUCUCAUAUUGGACAUGCAACCCUUGUGUCUGAAGGACCAUUCCCAAGCCAUCGAUUCCGUGAUGAUUUACUUUCCGCAUUACGCUCUGAGCAGCGGUCUGAAAAAUAUUUACUCGGCGUACGAGUACAACGAGAUCUGCGACUUCCGCAAAAAUGCUUCCUGUUUCGGAUGGGACGGUGACAAUUUAUCGUGGACCAGCCCGGGCAUCGGUAGGAACAUCAUACAUCUGUUUUGGUUGGGAUUCGUGUGCGUUUCGCUGCUGCUGUCAUGCGAGUACUUGACGUACUACGGUAACAAAAUCCACUGCACUCUGCUGAAACUCUACAGUUACAUUUGGAAAAAAGCGCUCAAGGAAGAGAAAUUCGACUUGAACUACUACGAGUCGGACGUGGCUCACGAGAAGCAAGUGGUCAGCAAUGCUGACCCCAGGAGUUUCUGUCUGUAUCUCAAAAACGUCUGGAAAAAUUACGGUAGCAAGCAAGCGGUGAAAGGAAUAAAUUUGGCGCUUAAACCGAACGAAUGCUUUGGCUUGCUGGGAGCGAACGGAGCCGGAAAAACGACCACUUUCCGAAUGCUGACCGGAGACAUCAAAAACACGUCGGGAGACAUUUACGUGUGCGGAGUACACGUCAACAACAACAGAGAAAAAAUCCACGAGGUAGGAGGCUACUGUCCUCAGUUCAACGGUCUCAUCGAAGAGCUGACGGGCUUCGAAACGCUCCAUUUCUUCUGCAGACUCAGAGGAAUGUCCAACAAAGAAGCGACCACGCUACCGUUUUACCUAGCUUCCCGAUUGGCGUUCAUGCCCUAUUUGAACGUACAAGCUAAAAACUAUAGUGGCGGCAACAAGAGAAAACUCAGCACGGCCAUCGCUAUGAUCGGAGACCCUUCGGUGCUGUUCUUGGACGAACCCACAUCUGGUUUGGAUCCCGCUGCCCGGAAACACUUGUGGGACACCGUAAGCGAAGAAAGAGAUCGCGGAAAAUGUGUUUUCAUCACUUCGCACAGUCUCGAAGAAUGCGAAGCCCUGUGCACGCGUUUAGCCGUAAUGGUGGACGGCCGAAUUUGUUGUAUAGGAUCUGUGCAGCAUCUUAAAAAUAAAUUCUCAAUCGGUUACCAACUGCACAUAAAAUUCCAUCCAGACAAUCACACCAAAGCCAAAGAAUUUGUAAUAUCAUCGUUCUCGGGCGCAACAUUACGUGAAGAAUUUGAAAUAACAGCGUUGUUCCACAUUCCCAAAAAAUAUCCGUGUUCGUAUGCGUUUGGUCAGAUGGAACAAGCUAAAAAAGAACUAUUGAUUGACGACUAUUCCAUACAACAAACCAGUUUAGAACAGGUAUUUUUAAAUUUUACCAGAAAUCGAAACCAAAUAGCGUAGCAAAAUGGAAUGUUCAACAAAUUUUGAUAUCCUAAUAUUUUCGUCGUUUAAAUAUGAACCGUAAGUGCCAUGUCAAUUUUUUGAACGUUAUCUUCACUUUGGAAACGUUCACAACAUUAUAAUAAUGUUGUUUUUUUAUUUUUUUCUUGUACGAAGGCUGACUAAUGUAAAUUAUUAUUAAAAAAAUAAUAGUUUUGUAAUAUAAAAUACUAUAUGUGAUAAUUUAUAAUAAAAUGUGUAAGAUGUAAGUAA